ACUUCGUCUUUGUCGGGAGAAAUUCCCCACAUAUCGAGAGAUUCCCCAGCCUGAAAUGUUGUAUAUUUCACGAAAUCCUUGUGUUAAGGACAUGAUGUGGUAACGUACGACAUUUUGACAUUAUUACCAUGGUAACUACCUGACAGACAAGCUCGGCCAAGGCGGAUUUAGCCCUGAGCUGAGUGGAAAAUCUCGGGGAUGCCACGUAGAAAAUCAACAACUCUGGCCACCUCACCUCUCAAACGUCCCUUAGACGAUGAGUUCACCUUUGAAACACCUGGAAAGAGAAGAAAGAGUACAGAUUCCUCAGACUCUCAGUCAUCUACAAAGAGAGAUGGAUUGUCCAAAUCUCCAAAAUCUCCACGUUCACCUCGGGCUGCAGCUAAACAGAGCCAGGAGACAGGAGGAAAGGGUUCUGGUACCAAGAAGGGAAAGGGAAAAGGAAGUCAGAGGGAUGAGGAAGAUCUGGAUCCAUCCAAACCUCAGUCGCCUGGAUCUUCAGGAUCCGAGAAGCGGAACUUGUCCUUGGAGGCUCUGUUCCAGGUGACGGACUCCGAGCUACAGAACAUGACGCGACAAGUGCCAGAGACAGAGUCCGAGACUGUCGGUGAGAGAGUCAUCAUUCUCACGCCGGAAAACAUGGGGAACAUACAUUACAUCAUAUCUGAGACUCCGGAACCUGUGCAGAAUAUGGUUAAGAUCCCUGUGUCUGAGAAAGGGAUUGAAAAGUAUCAUUUAAAAUCUGAUUCCCUUGAGGAACAAGGCCUUAAGCUCGUGUACACAAAGCCUGCUUUUAAUCAGAUUGGUUCAGAGGAAGGAAGUUCCAAUUCCAGUUCUGGAGAAGUUAAGAUCAGGCCUUUAAAGGAGAAGCCUACAGCUGUUCUUGGAGAGCAGCAGUCUACGCCAUCUGUUGGGCGUAAAAGGAAACAUCCUCAGAAACCAGGAAGACAUAUCUGUUCCUAUUGUGGUCGUGGUUGUGCAAAGCCAAGUGUCUUACAGAAACAUAUCCGUGCUCAUACUGGUGAGCGUCCAUAUCCCUGUGUCACUUGCGGCUUCUCGUUUAAGACUAAGAGUAACUUGUAUAAGCACUGCAAGUCAAGAGCUCAUGCUUUGAAGGUAGGAUUGAGCAAUAGUGGUCCUGAUGACAAGGUCAAGGACAAAGAGGAUGGUGAUGUGGUUGUUGCCGAAGUCAUAGAGGAUAUUGUUGAAGAUGAAUCCGAAGACUCAGAAGGGACUGAAACAGAUGAAGAGGUGAUUGAAGAAAAGGUGGAGGAGCCUACUCUUAUUAUGGAGUGUACAGAAGAGAAGGAUCUCCAGCCAUCUGGUUCUGAAGAAAUACCAUGGAGAAAACAAGCCAUUCUUGCAGACAUCCGACAGAAAAUAGACAGGAAUAAACUUAUGGAGUGGAGUAAAAAUCUGGAGAAACAGAAGAAACAAGAAAGUGAUGCAAUGCUUCAGGUUCAUAGUCAGUUCCCGGUGAGAAUAGCACCAAAGGACUCACCAAACCAAUCGGAUGGUUCCACAGGUGUGCAGAUUUCAAGUUCGGUGAUCGGAAUCAAGCCACUUGUUGCUACUCCAACUUCAAGCCAGACUGAUGCAAAACCAAAGCUAUCAUCCCUUCCAUCACCUACUCUGGUAGCAGAUAAAAAUAUCACUGAAGUUAUAAAGGUAGAGAAAAUUCCAAUUGAUGAGAAACCUGUGAUAAGUGUACAAGAACAGAUACCUGCUCAACCAAAGCAGUCAGUAGAUCCUUCUCUAGUUCUCUCAGCAGAAAUGGUUAGCCUACCACACCCAUGUACAGAACCGGAAGCUGCAACUAAAGCUCUGAGAGAUUUGGAGAACCUGAGUGAGAGGUUCCAGAAUGCUGCCCAUGAAGGUAUUGCUCUGUCAACAGCCGUAAACAGUUUACCAGAUAAGUCAGUGCAGGUGACAAUCCAUCUGCCAAAAUAUCAACAAGGAAAGGUGAAGUCUUUCCCCAAACUUCAACGAGGCAGCACUCUGCCACAGUCAGUGUCGCCAUCCUCCUCAGGAGCACCAUCUGUAGGAAGAUCGACGUCAGUUGAUUCUCGAACACUGACACCAGAGAUGCUCAAGGAAAGGAUCCAGCAACUUAUUCAAGCAAAUGCAGCUAUUGUAGACAUGCCCAUGGCUGGUCCUCCUCGGGCGAAGUCCAAAGGUCUCACAAGGCAGUACAGUGACUUUUUGAUCCACAGCUGGAAACUCAAUGAACCAAACACAUCUGCAGCAAUGGCAGGUGAUGCCAGUUCAAAGAUCCAAAUUCCAAGCAUCUCAUCAGUUCCGUUACAGCCCAUUCAAGGUGAGGAGGGACUUGUGCGACAAGUAACUGUUGAGGAGAAAGGGUCAGGAGAUGCAGCUAGACUGACAGCUGAACAAGCAGAAGAACAUUCCCAGAUGCGUCAGAUUCAAACUCUGAGAGAUGCUGUGAGGAGGAACAGUUCCUCUUCCUCUGAUGGAGAUGUGGUCCGAGUUCUGCCAUCAACGUCGUCAGGACAGGAGAUCAAGAUUCAGAUCAAUCUGGCCAAGAUGCAGAGUGAGGCAGCACUGAAAAGCCAAAAGGAGGAGAAAACAGCAGGAAUUAAUGUCAAAGUGGAGUCAGAUCCUAAAACUGGGAAAGCAGCUCAGAUCGAUCCAACUCUUCUUCAAGGCUCAUUAGCAUUCUCCAAGCUUGACACAAGUCAGGAGAGCAGUGUGAUUAAGGACUUACUCCUGAAAGGAAAGACAUUUAUGAAUGCAGUAAGUGCUGAUCCAAAAUCAUCUCCGAUGUUGACUCAGGUUGAGAAGCUGAGUACAGACGACUAUGGACCCUAUCUGUGUAAAGAUUGUAAUGUUUCUUUCAAAAAGGACCAGACUCUUCAAAUACACAAGAAACUCUACUGUCCAUGUAGCAAGCUUCAAGAAAAUACUAGGACAUCAAAUCCUUUUGGGGCUGGGGCUUCAGAUAUAAAAGCAGAGGAAUUUGCCACCAUUGGCAAAGAAAUAAUUUCAAAGUAUUUCCCCAAAACAGGCCCUGUGUUAAUGAGAUCGCAGUCAGCACCAGCACCAGACAUGAUGACAGGUGUGGACUUCAAACAUGUAAAAGCAAUUCCUGAAGGGUGGUAUCCAAGAAAGAAAGGAAGACCCAAAGGCUCUAAAAACAGACCUAAAGACCUACAAAUGCUUGCAACAACACAAGCUUCAAAACUACUAGCUCCUGCAAGUCAGUUGACACCCACAACCCCACUCAUUCCAGCAUCUCCUCGAACUCCAGGUUCGGCUGUGGUCACCCCCAAGACUCCAAGUAUAUCAUCUACAUCAAGUGUAGCUUCCAGCCAAGCUGCUCCGUUAUUACUGGCGAGUCUCCAGGCAGGUCCUCUCAUCCUUCCAGGAAGCUCCAUACUAACCAACCCAACAACAACAUCGUCCAUCAGUUCAUUGAUGAUUGGACAACCGAUGGUGUCAGUUCAAGCAGGUGCAUCGACGCAGGAGUCAUGUUCUAGUAAGGCUACAUCAUCGUCUUCAUCUCAGGCUCAGACUCCGCAGACCCCCCAGACUCCUCAAACUCCCCAAACCCCCCAGACUCCUGGGACACCUCAGACACCACAAACGCCAACAUCCUCUGACCCUCAGGCUUUGUGGAAACUGAAACUGAAGGGCAAGUUGCUGAUGAAAAGGUCCAUGAGUGUUGAGAGAAUGUUGUCUCAAGAGAAGGAAGUCACAACCCCAACUACUCCUGGAACUGUUCCUUUGAAAAUCAAAAUUAAACAGGGAUCCUUGUGCAUAGAGCCUGAACAUUCAAUUAGCAAGAUUCCUAAACUGACUGACAAUGAACAUACCGGACUCUUCACCUGGCAUCCUCCAGUGGUCAGCCCAAAUGCUCCAAAAGCACUGGCAGGUCAAACUCUGCCCAAAUUCUUUAACAUGCCAAAUUUGAAAUUGUUAACGGAGGACGCUAACAGUGUUUCGCAUGACAUACUAAGAGUGACAAUAGGAGAGACGACGUCGUCAUCUGGUAAUGUAAUGGUACCUGUAGCUAUGGCUCAGCCUAUCUUUGUUAAUACUCAGAUCCCCAGUGCAGUGUAUGCCCAGUCCUUAGCUAGUGUCAAUCUCCUUACUGGUGGUCUAGUUCAGCAUGGCAGCAUUAACAUCCCAGGAUUCCACAUGACAUUACCAGCAGCUCCACCAAGAAAUUUCUCAUGUACCCAAACCACUGCUCACCCUAGAACACCAAUAGCCUCAACACCAACCAUCAUCAUCUCCCCAGAUGAAGUGAAGAGUGAGGGGACGUAUCCACAUGAAAAAGGUGUCAACACAUCCACAACUCAGCAGCUGAAAGCCAAACUGGAAAAACAGAUCUCCAUCACAAAAUCCGGAUCUCCAUCCCCAGUGAAGACCCCCAUCACUGAUGUAAAACCUUUCUUGACAAGCCGUCAGCUGUCGGUGCUGACAGUUCCAGAAAGCCCAAAAGCUGUGGGUGGUAGUUCACCGACAACGCCAACUAAACCCACAACACCAACAGCAAGAGAACUGCCUUCACCAUCAACCAAAGCAGUUCCUCUGUACCUGUAUGGCCACUCCUACCCUUCCCUUCGGGGCUCCACUCAUGUGACGUUCUGCUGUGUUCAGAAGCUGCAGCCGAUAUAUGUCCCUGUUAGCAAGAACAGGAAGAUUUCUAUGUAUUCCAACUGGAGGGUGGCCAAACACAAUCCAAAUCCUCCAAAUCUCUCCUCCAAGAUGUUACUGUCUCUGUACAAGUCCAGGUACACCAGCAACCCUGUUUACAGUGAGAGCAACUUGGCGCCGCCCAAUGGGGGCAUCCUCACUCACAGCUCGUACUGGACGUACAAGAAGAAGAAGCAGGACGUGUCCAAUUUGCAGGUCAAAGAAAGUCCUGAACCAAAAGGCAGCAAGGCUGACUUAACCGAAAUUAUCACAAAUACAGAGGAGCUGAAGGAGCCGGUGUAUCGACUUCAGAGUGAGAAGCUGAUGGUUAAGAAGGAACACAAGGGUCUGAGAAGGAUUCAGGUCUGUAAGGGAGGCUUUAAGACGAACGAGGAGUAUGUUUAUGUCCGGGGCAGAGGUCGAGGCAAGUAUGUUUGUGAAAUUUGUGGAAUUCGAUGCAAGAAACCAAGCAUGUUGAAGAAGCAUAUUCGCACACACACAGACUUUCGACCGUAUCAUUGUCGGCAUUGUCGGUUUUCAUUCAAGACAAAAGGAAAUCUGACAAAGCAUAUGAAAUCAAAGGCCCAUCAGAAGAAAUGCCUGGAGAUCGGAGUUGUUCCAGUGCCUAUCACUGUGGACGAGUCUCAGAUAGACUCUGAAGCUCUGGCUGCACAAUCUGCUGUCGCUAAAGAGGCCCGGAUACGAGAUGCUGCCGACAUCAAGACCUACCCUCCUGGUCAGGAGGACGACGAUGAUGACGAUGAGGAAGAUGAUGAGGAAGAGGACAUGGAAGAUGAUGACGAUGUUGAUGAUGAAGGUGAUGACAUGCAGAACCAGAUGGUUGUGGAGGAAGAAAUGGAAAUCAGCACUCUUGAGGAUGGUUCUGAACAGCUCCGGGAAGGAGAGAAGGAGUCGUCUCCCCCUGUUUUUGUGGCAGUUCAGGUAUCCGACAGCGACCAACCAGCCCUCAUACAGAUAACACCCGUAGCCAUCACUAGCAGCAGCCUGCCAACGGUGAUGAGUCUUGCUAACAACGUCACAGUCCAGGCCACCACCUCCUCACAGUUGAAGGAACUGAGUACGUCACAGAAGAUUGAUGCGGAGAUUGCUCGGAGUCUACUGGAUCUGUCGAAGAAGGCCGAGGCAGACAGCAGCGGGGGGGACGGGCAGAUGUCGGGCAUCCUCACACCAGACUCGCAGAAAGGUGUUACAAGAUUAAACUCACUUAUUGGAGCCUUGAUGUCAAGGACAAAGCCUCUGUCUGGUCUCAAGCCAGGGGGAGAGAACUCCCCAUUGACUAUAGAGGUUGCUCAAGGAGGAGAAUCUGUUUUAUCAGUCUCCAAGUCAGGCAUUGUUGCUGUUACUCCAACAACACCUAAAGGAUUUGAGGCAAGUCUCCAAGCUACAAGAGGAUUACCUUUUCCCAUGACAUUGUUUGAGAAGGCCUCACCUUUGAAAAUGGACUUUUCAAAGACCUCGCCAGGUAAAGACUCUCCCAGAACUCCAAGUUUCGACAUCAGUAUCAAGGCACUCCCAGCCAUGCAGAUGAACAUACCAGUCAUCACGAAGCCAUCACUGCUGGCAUUUCUGCCUGCAUAUGCAGCUGUGACUAAAGAUCUAGCCACAAAGACUAGCACUGGACCAAUCGUGGGUCAGUUCAUUCGACAAGAACCAAUUGUCCUGCCCAACUACAGCCACUCCUGGGGGUACAAGCUGCCCAAGACAACGGAAUCUUUUCAGUUCAGUCAUCCCUUCCCUGGUGUUGUCAUUGGGGAAGCUCCGGUCGCAUCAAUAUCAACCAAUCCUGAAGAUCAGAAGAAUAAGACUGUUGUCAGUGCUGGGAAUGGAAACACUUCCUUUGCAGAUGCAUUGAAGGUUCCAGUGGUGGUUCCUGUGACAGACACGUCCACAGUUCCAAUAGUUGUGAGUGAAAGUUCCGAUGAGUCGACAAAUCAGGACCUCGAGCCAAACUGUUCCAACAAGGUUCCAAAAGUAACAGCGUCAGAUUCUGUUGAAAUAGGAGCAUCAGUUGCGGAAGGUGUUGAAAAGUCUGGGGUGACUCUAGUUCCGGUUCAGGAGCUCCUCAGCCCAGUGCUCCAUUCCCCAUCAGUCAUCAAGGAGGGAGCAAUCAUCCUCUGCCCUCCGGAGGCAGGGGGAGCCCCCACCCCUCAGCAACAGAUCGUGUACUUCAUUGGAGACUCACAGGUGCAGGUGCUCGGGGUAGAGAAAGAGGGACCUCAUGCUUGUGAUGUCUGCAGCAAAUCGUUCCCCCAACAGCAUCAGCUCACCCUGCAUCGGAACAUUCAUUUUAUGGACAAACCAUUCCGGUGUUCUGUUUGCUCCAUGUACUUCAAGAACCAGGGUAUGUUGGAGAGGCAUGAGAAAUCUGAAAGUCACAUCGCGAAACAUGAACUAAGAUCACAACAAGAAGCUGCAAUUAAGGACGACCCUCGACCAUACAAAUGCUCAUUUUGCAAUGUCGCUUUCCGAAUCCGUGGACAUUUGUCAAAACAUCUCCGUUCUAAACUACAUGUGACCACCCUAGAGAAGAUGGACAUGUUACCAGCGGGGACAUUUGAUAGACUGGACAAGAGUGGUGAGAUUGCUAGAGUCGACACAUCGGAUCCUCAAAGUGUGUUGAAAAUCCUUCAAGGGAAGGGUGUAGGUGAUGGCUCAGAUUAUGUGCAUUCACCAAGACCGUCCACAUCCAAAGAUACAGAGGAUGAAGAAGAGGAUGGGGAGGAUGAAGGGGAGCUGAUGAUAGACGAGUCUCUGGUGGAAGAUGGGAACCAAGAACGAAGGGAGAGCAUGGCGAGCCCCAUCAAAGACCACUUUCAUCUCAAUAAGGUGGCCGACUAUGAGAAACACGAUCAAGCCUCCAAUGAACGAGUGACAGUUGAAAUCAAGCAAGAACCUCUGGAUAUCUUUGAGAUUGGACAAGGGAAUUCGGAUGCUCAGCGUUAUGGGACAGAAACGGAAUCAGAGAAAUUUGCAAAUGUUGAGGCGGUGAAUGUGGUGACUAAAGAUGGAAGGACAUCCCCAGGUGUUUCGGAGGCAGCUCACAAGUGUGGUAUCUGCAGGCAGAACUUCAGGUCACUCGACCAACUGAGGUCACACUUAAUCACGCAUGCUGAGCUGCGCCCCUACGUGUGUGAGUACUGUGAUGCCGGCUUCACCAAUGCCAUGGCCCUGCAGAAACACCUCCAGACCCACAGAAUGUUUGAGUCGUUCACGCUGUCCCAGUCAAGGCCAUAUAUAUGUGGGCUCUGUGGUGAUACUUUCGCAAAAUCAGAGGAAUUGAAGACCCAUCAUGCAACACACUCGAGGACAACGUUGUUGCGACCAUCUCUGCGGGACAGUUUCAUCCAGUCCCAGAAGGAUACCAAUUCCUCGAAUGGAUCUCAGAAAGAUCCGAACAAUGACAGCAAUGAUGCCAGUGCUUGCAAUUCAGAAGACAUGGAGAAUCAUUCAAAGGGAGAUAACUCUGAUUCGGGUGCUUCACCCAAGGGAAGUAACUCAUUCCAAGCUAGUGUUUCCAAAGGCGAGCACUCUACCGAAGUUGAUAUGACAGAACAAUCUAUUCCUUAUAAGAUGGAGUUUGAGGUUAAAGAAAAUAGUGAAUGUGCAUCAGACGUGGUUAUUGAUGAAAUAAAGGUUCAGAGGAAACAGAUUCAGAGACAGUUUUCAGUGGACGAGAGUGACAAAUCCAUUUCCUCAGACCAGGAGACAAAAGAACAAACUGACUUCUUAAAAGACGAUUCUGUUUCUCAAAGUAUCUUGUCAGAAAAAAGAGAAAACAGAUGAUAGCAGUUGUAUGUUUUGCAGCAAAUAUUUAUCAUAUCAAAAACUAAGAUCUUACAGAUAGAUGUGGUAUUACUAAAGGAGAGGUAAGUAAACAGUGGCGACUGAUGCAGUAGGUUGAGAUGAUGUUAAGACAAAUACAUGUUUUCUGAAACGGUCAUCGUAUGUCAACGAAGCAAAGGGUUAAUGUAACUGGUUACAAAAUUAUAUUGUCUCAUCAUAUGUAUGAGUAUGUUCAUGCUUGUACCAACAGGAUAGAUCGGCAAACAUUUCUAGUGCUUCAGCCAGGCCAGGCCCUUGUGGCAUUCACAAAAAUAUGUGGAAAUUGGCACAAAGAGUAAACACAAGUUUGUGUACAUUGGCGCAUGUCUUCAAUAAUAAUAAUAAUGAUGAUGAUGAUGAUGAUGAUGAUAAUAAAACCAUAUUCGACGUAAUAAACGCUCUUAUAAGCUCUUAUAAACGCCCAUGGUGAUAUUUUCCUAAUAUAUUGGCUAGUGUGUGGCAAUUAAUUAAUUGCAAUUAUAUUCUGGAAAAUGUUAUGUCGUAUGUAAACAUUUCAGGCUGUCAGCAUAAACCACGAAAUUUACGAUCUUUCAACUUACGAUUUUUUCACCAAAAUAAUAUUCUAAUAAGAGCCACCUAUUUCUUAUUUUGAGAGUGGCCUGGGCGCUUAUUACGUCGAAUACAGUAAUAGAAAAUCUUGACUGAAUAUAGUUUGAAACCAGUCCUUCAAAACGGUAUUGCAUGUGAGACAAAAGGUUUCAUUCGGUACACGGUUCCUAAGAACAAGAAUGUCAUCGGCUAUAGCUAUUCCUACAAUUGUGGAUCAUCUAUGAAAUGAAACAUUGUUUCACAGACAAAUGAAGCAUUAAAUACUGUCAAUUAGUAAGUUGGUUAGAACGGGAAGGCAACCAUGAAAUGUAAGUCACCUACAUCAUGCAGUUGGCACACCGUCAGAUAUUGGUGCACACUUUUUCGAAAACUAAUGUGUCAAUUAGCACUUUUGGGUUAAAUCCUGGCUGGAGCACUGCGUUGAGGUACUGGAAAGUGAAGCAGUUUAAGAUGAAUACAAGCAGCUUUAUAUUUAUAAACACCUUGAACACUGUGUAACCAUAGUUUCAGUGUUGACUUUGUGAUAGGUUAAACUAUCAGUUCUCAUCAAUACUUCAAUUUCUUGCAUACACUGUGAUCCGCCAUUUUGAUGUUGGAAUGUAGCAUAAACUCAUGAGAUAACUGUCAGUAUGCAUUUUUAAAUGGAAAAAAAUGAUAACUUCCUAUUUGUUUUUUAAUUCACAUUACAACUAAUAAUCAACAUGCUAAAGUGUCAUGUAGGGUUGGUUAUUUUAUUUUUUUUGCUUAUAUCAGGCCAGACCCACCUAUAAUUUUGCAAAGGCAAAUUAUUAAAAAUGUGUUUUGAUUGAAAAUGCACUUUUUGCAUGUUUUAAAGCAUCUUUAAAGAGAGGUUAUUUCAUCUCAGAUUAUUUAAAAUAUUUAAUAUUUCUCGGCCUCCCUCUUUUCAUGUUGAGCAAGAAAUUCCAUAACAUAAGAAACUGAAUUGGUCUGGCCUAAGUUUAAUAUUCAAACAUUCCAUGGACAUGGGUCUCCUGUUGAGAGGUGCUCAGGCCCAUAAAGAACAUGUGUGUUUCGUAUUUCAGCCCAUCCAAAAAUGGGGUAGGUAGGUCAUGGUUUUGUCUCUUACUUUUAUAAUUUUUGGUGUGUCAGUGGAAGCCUGCUUGUUACUGGCAGUUAGGUGUUGCCAUUUUGAAGAUAAUGACUGGUUUAUUGCAAAGCCCAACGAAGGGAUGCUAGCAGCAUGAAAUAUUGGAAUGCUAUGGGACUCCUUUAGGAAAAACCAAGAAGAAACGUUUAGAGAUGGGGGCUUCAGAUGAGGGUUGGUUGGAAAGCAGAAACACACAUAUUUCUUUGUUUUUCCCUUAUGAGAAGCAUGAUAGUAAUCAAAUACACAGACCAUCAUUUGAACAGGACUUGGUUGCUUGCUAUCUGCAGCACACACUGGAUGUGUAUUAUUGAAAGUAGUUAGAAAGUUUUUUCUGAUUGUGGAAUAACUUGCCCCUCUUCGUGUCAUACUCUAUGACUUGGAAAAAAGUUCACACUGUUGACCACUGUUUCAUCUGCUUCAGGACCAUCCUAGCUUACCCAUGAUGUGACAGAACAGCUUCAGCAUUGGGGUGGUGGGGUAGCCUAGUGGUUUAAGUGACAGCUUGUCCACAUGAUGAGGAUGUUCAGUUUCUUAACCUGGGUACAAUGUGUGAAGCCUCUUUGGGCGUCCCUUGCUGUGAUAUGGCUGGAAUAUUGCUGAAAAUAUAAACCAUCUCACUCACUCACUCACUCAUUACAGUGGGUGUUGAUGGGCUAAACUGAUUUUCUUCUUUAAUUGAUUUUUUAUUUUAAAAUUUGUUCAUGCCCAUUGAAAAGUAUUGUUUGAAAUAAGGACUGCAUGAAUAUGUAAAAUAUUUAACCUUGCAGUUCAGACAAUCGGAUGAUUAUGACUAGAUUAAGAUAUUCACAAAGAACUAUGAAUAGAUAAUUUAUAAGUGUCUGAAGAUACCACUGUAUAAAUGUAUGAUGUUUAUAAUUAUGUUUUCGAACUUGACUGUAUCAGUCACAUGUUGAAGAUAUUUAUAUCUUUGUGUACAAAUUUGUUAAUGGAAGCAUGUUGACUCAUGAAUCAGCUGUACAAUUUAUCAUAUUGUUGAUGUUCUUGUUUUCGUGGGCUAGCAUGGUGAGUGAGGUCGUGAAUGAGGUGUUUGACUGAGGUAUGAACUCAAUAGAGUGUUUAUGUAUAUAUGGUUGAGAGGUGUAUCUGAAUUGUCUCAGUGUGAUUUCAAAACAUUUGUGGUUUCCAUGGUAACAGUUUAGAGAUAAAAUUUCACCGCACGAGGUAGAACCGAUUUCACUCUGUUUUUCCCCUUUCCACUUUGACGUAGGAGUUCUAAUACUGAGAUCUGGUACCAGGAAAAUGAGACACAGAAAUCGAGGGUGAAGAGUUUGGUUUGUGAUAGGCUUACCCAUGAUGUGACUCUCCUCUUUCCACUUUGACGUAGGAGUUCUGAAACUGAGAUCUGGUACCAGGAAAAUGAGACACAGAAAUCGAGGGUGAAGAGUUUGGUUUGUGAUAGGCUUACCCAUGAUGUGACUCUCCUCUUUCCACUUUGACGUAGGAGUUCUGAAACUGAGAUCUGGUACCAGGAAAAUGAGACACAGAAAUCGAGGGUGAAGAGUUUGGAUUGUGAAAGGAUUUUUCUGAAUUUUGAUGGCAUUCUUCCUGGAUAUAAUCACAUGGGUACCUAGUAGGUUUCUGAAGACACAUAACCAGAUGAUGUAAACAGUAUUCUUGGGGAUGGUGAAGGGCCACAGGUUUUGGAGUAUGGAAGGUUUUGGAAGAGUAUAGAAAUACCCAAUUUAUCCUUGCCCUAGGUACCCGUUUUCCUGUUGAACACAAAGCAAAUUAUAUCUUAUGCAGCUAUUUUUUGGCUUGGAAAAAUUAUGUCCAUUAUGAUAGGUGAUUUAAGACACCUUAAUCAUGCUGAAUCAUGUUUUAUGAUGUAGGUCAAUCUAGCAUUCACCAGUUACUCUUAAUCCACGGUGUCUCAGCUUCAAACUGGGAAUGUAUAACAAUGCCUGGACAAUGACUGACACAACAGACCGAGGUGGCUAUAUAACUACUUGGGGACUUCUACUCCGGAUUUCUGUAUUGGAUGACAUUUGACAGCAUUGUUGAAAAUCCACAUGGCGUUUGACGUAGAAUAACAGGGAUUUAUCUAGGCUUUCAAACUAAGUGCCCUUGGCAGGCAAAUGGGAAAACUUGUUAUUUUGUUCAGAAUUGGGAUUUUUCAAUAGUUAUUUGAUUAAGUUCACAUUCAUUUUAACAUUGGAUUCAAUGCAAUGUUAAACUAAGCAUAGAAGCUUCUUCUUCUAUAGUGGUCGUGCUAUCAGUGAAAUACAGGUCACCUCUACAAAGCCAUGACAUUAAUAACUACAAGAGCAUGAAUUAGGAAAUGUUUAAUUCCAAUUUGGGAAUUUUUACUGACAUUUGCUGCAAAAGUGCGGCCAAAUAUUGGCCUCUAGGCCGGUCUCGAUAAAUCCCUGAAUAAAAUGUGAUCUGUAAAGAUAAAUGGAUAAAAACAAGAAUCUAUUCUGUAUUUCAAAUAUCCAUAAAUAUUUAAGUCAAUCAGUUUUCUGAGAAAGAAAUACAAAGUGACAUCAUGGUGUGAUUGUGAGGUAUUUCAAACUGACGUUUCUAAUUUUAAAAGUAAGAAAGGGCAAGAUGAUGAAUGAGAAAUGUCAUGUUUUUAUUUAGGAAUAGAUACUAAAUCCAGAUAACAAUGUCGAUAUGACAUUUCUUACACCAAGGUCAAGGUCGUGUUGAGCACUUGAUGUUGUGGAGCCUCUGCUUUUCACCUGUAGUCAUGUCUCUCUCAAUUCCCUUGUACUUCAACUGCCACACCCUCCUCAUUACGUUACUCCCGUGUACACAUGCACAGUCACUUCAGUUAUUGAGGCUAUGUUUACAUAUAAUGGUUACAAUAGACGCUAGACAACAAAUUGAUGACAUGUUCUUUGUUACUUUAUUUUUAACGUAUGAACAGGUAUCAAUAUUUUAUCACUUUAGGAACUGCCUUGCUAAAAAAUGGAUGGCAGAAAAAUGUUUCGGAUCCACCUCAGUAUGACCUUCCUUAUGUUCAUUUUGACAACUUUUCCUCUUGUGGGCGAACACUCCCCCAGCCAAUCAGAGGACUUCCCAACCUCAUUAUCAUUGUGACAACUUUUCCUCUUGUCGGUGAACCCUCUCCCAGCCAAUCAGAAGACUUACCAACCUCAUUAUCAUUUUGGCAACGAUAGAGUGAGUGGGUGAGUUAAAGUUUAACGUCACAUCGGCAAUAGUGCAGCCAUAUCGUGACGAAGCAACGUUAGAUUCGCAUUAUUGUAAUUAUAGGCUGAUCGCUUGCCAAUCCUAAUCAUUUUAAUACCAUGUAAAAUGUAAACCAUCUUGGUAGUUUUAAGUAACAUCGCAAUUUCAAGAUAAUUAUGACUGUCCUAUUUCAGGAGACAAAACGAUGUUGUUUAUCUAAUGGGACAUAUAGAGGAACACUGAACACCCCUUAAUCGGGAUAGACGCUCCCGGUGAAAUCGUCCGUCUUGACAUCGAUCAUGGACACGGGAGAAUACCCUUUGGGUUUUUGUAGAUGUCGUAAGAGAGGACUCAGUUGAUAGGUGAUCAGUUUCAGUGAUUUAGUUGAUUGCGUGUCAAUGUACCCCAAUGGUGUGGAUCGUCGUUCGCAAUAUCAAUCACUGGCUUGUCUGGUUGAGACUCGUUCUGCUCACAGGCCACUGUCAUAUAGCUGGAAUAUUGCCGAUUGCAGUUAAACAACAGACAAACCCAAAGUCAGAUGGCUUAGGUAUUUCUAGUUCUAGUCAAUGAUUGGGUUGGGGUUAGAUCCUUUUUAAUUAUAAAUGUUGGAAAAAUGUAAUAGUAAUUGUUGUAACAAUUGUAACUCAAUUGUUGUGUAACAACUCUGGCCUCUCAUACAAACUGAAUUAAGUUUAGUAUCUUUACUUUAAAUUUGAUUUAUUACAUCAAAACAUAUGAGCUUAUCUUUUUUUCACAAACAUAACACUUUAUUUGGAGCGAGAGUGCAGAACCGUACUAAUACUGUUUUUUGUCGUUUUUAUUAAUUUUUAUUACAUUGAUUGCCUCUCAGUACGUAAAGAUUUAACUUACAGGUGAAUCUACACAAUACCAUCUUCUUUCUAUGUAUAAGACUAUUUUGUACUUCCUACACACUCAGAAAUUGGUCAUUACAUUUCCUAAUGCGAAGAUUGUUGUUGCGAUCAAAUUUGAUUGAUUUUACGACGUUUCAGAUACUGUUACUAGAGUUAUGUCCCUUAGACUAAAGGAAGGCCUCUUUGAAGCACAGGAACUCUGUGAUAGCGGGUAUAGCAUAACAUAUUCAUAUUUAAAAAAAUCACAUCCCUCUUUAUACAUGUACAUAUAGAGGGGUGUGAUUUUUUUUCGAUACGAAUAUAUUAUGCUAUACACGCUAUCAUUGAGUUCCUGUGCUUUGAAGGGCGGUUUCAAGGACUCUUAAGAGUCGCGUACUGUCGGUAGAUGUGAAGUGUAUACUCUUGCGUCUAUAUAUUUAUAUAUUUUGCAGCUCACAGAGAUGUAUACCGAUAAUUAAGUAAACAAACUUGAUAACGAAGGGAAUAUAAGUAAUUUGCCUGCCGAUGUCAGUAAAUCUUGACUGCACAACAGUUGUUGUCAACCCAUGAAUAUAUUGUCACAAGAGUGUUUGAACGGGAGUACCAAUUUUGCCAAAUACAUGUAACGAUAUAAGGGCAAUAGACUUGUUUUGUUUUUACAAUCGUACUUAUUGUCACAAUUUGUGUAACAGUUUCAAGUUAAUAAGUGUGGAUAUCUAGCUGUUUUGAGAUUUGGUUAAAGCAAGCAACCGUCACAGCUUUUUGGUUUCUCCAGAAUCUGAGUUUUUAAUGUGAUUAUGAUUUAUAUCAUAUUUUUUGUAAAAUUGAAACCACGUGUGUCAAUAAUCAUGAUAUGAUAGAGGCGAUGCGUACCUUAAGACAUGCAUUCCAGCAACCCAUUUCCUCCACAAACAGUGUUGUAUCUAGAUAUCUACAGAAAUCAUGUUGAAUAUAUUGACACGUCACCCUACGUUGACAUGUACCGUACGAGGCAAAUAUAAGUGCCAUUCUGUUUCAAUUGUUUGAGGCUGAAGACCCCACGUGAUCAGUUGAAUUGUAAAUAUUGUUUCAUGUUCCGUGAUUUUACCAUUGUUGUGAGAAAUAAAGUGCUAUUAAUGAAACGUUA